UAUGUGGAAAUGCAAUUUGACGAUGGUGGUCAGCCGACCGGUGGGAAAAUCUCGAAUUUCUUAUUGGAAAAAUCCCGUGUCACUUGUCAUAACGUUGGCGAACGAAACUUCCACGUGUUCUAUCAACUGGCGAUUGGUGCUAAUCAGCAAUUGAAAUCUGACUUUGGAUUGUCAAGUGUCAACCACUAUAACUAUCUCAAUUACGGUGAAAACUACAAGGUUGAAGAUAUAAACGACGUCCACGAUUUCCAAGCAACAUUGAAAGGUCUGGGUGUGAUGGGAAUAAACGACUCGGAGGUGCACGAUAUCUUUCAACUGGUCGCCGGAGUGCUGCACAUAGGAAAUAUUGAAUUCAGUGAAAAUGGCAAUUACUCACAAAUCGCCGAUGAUAGAUGUGAGCAUUAUUAAUUAUUUUUAGGCGAC